AUGGGUAAAUACGUACAGGCCCAACGUAAGGGUAAGUCUCCCGUGUUCAAGUCGCACACGCGAACUCGUAAGGGAGCCGUGAAGCUUCGUGCCUUUGACUACGCCGAGAAGCACGGAUACAUUCGUGGUGUCGUCAAGGAAAUCAUCCAUGAUCCUGGUCGUGGAGCUCCCGUCGCCAAGAUCCAGUUCCGAAAUGCCUACCGCUACCAAAAAGAUAACGAACUGCUGGUCUGCACUGAAGGCAUGUACUCUGGACAGUUCAUCUACUGUGGAAAGAAGGCCACAUUGACUGUCGGAAACGUCCUUCCCUUGAAUGCCGUUCCGGAAGGUACCAUCGUCUGCAACGUCGAGGCCAAAUUGGGAGACCGUGGUGCCUUUGCUCGUGGAUCGGGAGCCUUUGCCGUUGUCGUCACUCACGACGAGGACAAGGGAACCACCCGUCUGCGCUUGCCAUCGGGAGGAAAGAAAACCGUCUCUUCCGCUGUCCGUGCCCAAAUUGGAAUCGUUGCCGGAGGUGGACGUACCGACAAGCCACUCCUCAAGGCCGGAAGAGCCUACCACAAGUACGCCGUCAAGCGCAAUUGCUGGCCCAAGAUUCGUGGUGUGGCUAAGAAUCCAGUAGAGCAUCCCCACGGAGGAGGUAACCAUCAGCACAUUGGUAUGCCUUCCACUGUCGGACGUGAACGUCCCUCCGGUCGUAAGGUCGGUCUCAUCGCUGCCCGUCGAACAGGACGUCUUCGUGGAGUCAAGAAGACUGCCCAAGACAGGGAUUAA